AUGAAUUCCUCCAAUCUACCAAUAAGAACCCAUCAGUCAUCUACAAACUUCAUCCCCCAAUUCUGCAAAGCAUGUCUAGCCUUCGACGACGAGCUGUCACGUAUCGAGAGCCUCAUCGAGGAACCCGAGCCACAAGCCAAAAGCGACAGCGUCCCAGGUCCAACACAGCAACUCAUCAGUCUACCGCCCUUCCCAAUCAGCAAAGCGCAGCAUAUCUGGGACCACAGCGCUGCGUGUCGCUGCUGCCGGAGUCUCCGCGAUUACGUGUUAAGGAGAUUGUUCUCUAUUGUUGCUGCUAAUUCCCCGAGUACUCUACAUGCGCUGUCGGUGAGCGUUGCGUUUCUGCCUCACUUCCCAGAAUCCACCGUGCCGCGGUUAUUGCUGAAGGCGGGCGUCGACAUCAUCGCGAAGGAAACAGACUCGGAACAUGCACCGGGCGUGGAUGAGUUUUACUCCACCACUCCAUCGUCGAGAGAUGGACUGCUGGUGCGAGCCGUAGGACCGCGCAUCGAUUUCGCGCAGAUGCGCCAGUGGAUCAGCGAGUGCCGCGUCUCUCACGGAAGCGAGUGCUCGCGAUCACAGCUUCCUAAUGACUGGGGGCUUGUUGGCCUCGAUACGCAUGAUCUGGAGUUUUAUCUUAUUGACGUGCAUCGUAUGUGUCUCGCCGUCUCGACGAUGAAAGCUGCUCCGCCGUAUGUAGCGUUGAGCUAUCGCUGGGGCGAUCCGGCGUGUUCAACGCAGUGCCGUUUGGCCAAUCUUGCGACGAUGAAGGCGCCCGGGGGAUUGAUGAGCGAACAUGUCGUUUUAGCUCCUACGAUCCAGGACGCCAUCACUUUCACGAGAGAGGUCGGGUUCCGUUAUCUUUGGGUCGAUGCAUUAUGCAUUGUCCAGGAUGACUACGAACGGAAAGCCACAUAUUUAAGCCUCAUGGGUACGGUGUACGCAGAUGCUGCGCUUGUACUAGCAAUCCUUGAAGGAAACGCGGAUAUGGGAAUCGCGGGAAUCGGGCAUGAUCGCGAUAUCUCAGACACCAUCACCCUCCCUACUCGAAGUCUAAUCAAGACUACACGCCGCAUCACCGGAAAGGAAUCAUUCAGCGACAAGACGUGGGCUACGCGGGGUUGGACGUUCCAGGAGGGACUGUUCGCUAGCAAAAUGCUCACCAUCGACAACUUCGCUUCCUGGCAUUGUCCAUGUGCGAACUGGAUGGAGGAGGUAUCACGGCCUCCGCAAUUUAUACACGAACCUCCUUCCCAAGUAUCGUCAAAGCAGCCCGGAAAACCGCAAGUAGCAUCGUCCACGUUCCUCGACUUCCCCCGCGUCCCGUCAUACAUGUCCCUAGCAGGCUACGCGCAACUGAUCCAAUCCUACAACAACCGCUCACUAACUAUGGACUCAGACGCUCUCAACGCAGUAGCCGGCGUGACGGGGCGUCUUCACAGCCUUUUCCCAGACGGCUUCGUGCAAGGCCUUCCUCAAUUCUAUUUCGACGUCGCGCUUCUCUGGAAGCCACGUUCUCCACUACGACGCAGGGUCGACGCACCCGGUGCGCCUGCGCUCUCGUCCUGGUCAUGGGCGGCGUGGCACGGCGAUUUGGACCUCGACGCGUGGUCCGAUAGCCACCUAGUCUACGACGAGCCGUUGACGUCACGAAAUAACCGCAUCGUCGACUGGCAGAAGCUGCGCUGCGUGAAGACGAAGAGCGGCGAGACGAAGGAAGAGUGGCAGCCGAUUCAAUUCACGUUCCACAUCCCGCGGGGUCGAUUCGAGGACCCAUCCGUCACCGAAAUGCCGUGGGCAUGGCAUGCUCACCAGGACGAAGAUGAAGAAGAAUUAGCGCAUGGAAACGUAGCGAGCAGGUACUUCACAUAUGACCCAGACGACCGCAAAAACCACAUGCAAGACAUGAAAUUCCGCUUCCCCUUUCCACCGCUUGAAAGGCUCCGAAACGUCGAUCGCGAGAGUUGGCAUGUGAAUCUGUUAAAGGGGAAGGUGCAAGUGGCGUCUUUGAAACUCGACACACAAUCACUGCCUAACCCUACCUCGGCGUAUAGCGUGGAGGAUGCGCACCUCGUGAAUGGAGCAGACGAAAAGAUAGGCUGGCUCCGGCUGAAUCUUUACGACGAGCAGCGGCCAGCCCAUGGUACGGAGUGCGAGCUGGUGGCGAUUUCCGAGAGAGUCGUGGAUGCUAGAUAUCGGCCGUUGGACACGCAAGUCAAAGAUGGUGCUUGUUUUUAUCAUGUAUUGUGGAUUGAGCGGAAGGGCGAUGUAGCGUAUCGCCGGGCUUUGGGGCAGGUUGAGAAAGUGGCGUGGGAGCGGGAGUGUGCUGGAGAGAUCGAGAUUAUUUUAGGUUGA